GUGUUGAAGUGUAAAGUACUGUGUUGGGCGUACUGCGUAGUUGAAAUAUACUAUAAUAUUAUAUAGGUAUAUUCUCUUGUACUCCAUACUGCGUAGUUGGAAUUUUGAAAUUUUAUUUUUUACUUCUAAUUGUUUGGGACUAGAAAUAUGUUUCUAAUAUUACAGUGAUUCGUGAUAUAAAGUGGUGAAUGGUGAUGUUGACCUUAAGAUUAUCUUUAUUUCGUUAUGAGACUGUUGUAGCAUAUAAAUUUAAUAUAAGCCGUCAGAAAUCUAGAAAGCUUCAGCCAUUUGAAGCUUUCAGAUUGGUAAAGUGAACUAUGAACCUAGACCCUUUAUCGUUGAGCUUGUUAAAAAUCAAUAAUCUCAUCUCAAAUUUAAACAAGAAGAACUUCAAGCAGACUAGUCAAGAGCUGUCACAGAUUGUCAAUGAUCACGGAUUUGAAGCUGAGAAUCAAGUGCUAAAAUGUCUUUUUACUGAAGUCAUCAAGACAUCUUGGGAUAACGAUCGAGCUGGAUCUGCAAAUAGUGGUGUGCACUCGUCCUUACUCACCCAAAUACUGUCAUCUGUUCUUAGUCAUCCUGCAAAAUCUACAGUGCUCUGCAGAACUGUUGACAUCCCAGCACAGUCACUUCAGAAGACAUUAAAGCCAUCAAAUACAUUACUUGCUCGGAUUGCAAGGUAUCUCAAGUUAACUACAGCUCAAGAUGUUGCCUUCUCAUUGGUAUUGAGAAGAAACUCUUCAAAGCCUGAGAUAUCAAAUUUAGCGAAGCAGCACUUAAAAAAACGUUUCUUGGACUUAGUACAGUGUUAUCUUGACGCAGAACGUGGACACCAAGCAGAGCGAGCUGGUCUGCAAGAAUGCAGUCCUGAAGUUUUACAAACACUUUUGACUAGUCUCACACAUGAAAACUUCAAACUAGCUGCUGUAACGAAGGAUCUAUUCCUGCAACGUUUACGAAGUGACUUUCCUCGUGAAGUGGUGCCUAUAGUAUUGGCGCCACUCUUAUAUCCAGACGAUACGAAGUCGCCCCUUGUGGAAAUGACUACAGCUAAUGACCUUGCACCAUCUAUGAUCGAUAGUUCACUCUCUGAUAUUAUUCGUGAUGUUGGAUAUGGUUUGACAGUUUCUGUAGAAGAAUGUAAAACACAUAUGAUGAACUUUGGUGUUAGAGAACCUACAGCAAUAGAAGUUGCUAGGAUUAUAUCUCAUAUGGUUAGAUAUAUCCCUCCUCCGCAGGAACCACCUCAGUUACAGAGUCCUGGUAAUUUUUGGGUAAACCAUGAAGCUAAAAAAGAAGCAUCGCUGCCUUGUGAUGGCUGGAAUGCUGAAAUAUUUGUUCAGGCAUUAAAGGAGUUGGCAUCUAAUUUAAACUGGAAGGAAGUUAUCUUACAGUUGGAUCAUCCAGAAUUCAUUGUGCUUGAUAGGCAAGGACUCAAUUUACUAUUCACCAUACUACGCCUUGGCUUACAAAGUGCAGGAUAUCCAUCAAAUACUUUCCCUGUAGAAUACUUGUGUCGUAGAUGGACCAACUUAGACGGCCAGAUGAGUCUUAUUAUAAAUAUUCUUAAACAUCCAGAUAUUUUUAGCUUCGCUGAUUUUCCAUUCCAUCCCGUGUCUAUCGAUCUACUGAAAGCUCCACCUGAAAGUGAUAACAAGGAAGUGGCAACUUGGCGCUGUUUAUAUUUAGUCGAGUUGCUAUUAUAUGCAGCCGAACGGGGAUAUUACUUACAAAUCCAUGAGCUAUUUAAGUUUCCAUUACAACAUUGUCCUGACAUCUUGCUACUUGCUUUGCUACAAAUCAGUUUACCAACAAUAACAUUAUUCCGGCAAGAGUUAUUGACAACGUUGAUUCCGAUAUUUCUGGGCAAUCAUCCAAAUUCUGGAAUUAUUCUUCAACAUGCUUGGCAUACUCAAAACCCUAAUGUAAAGCCAAUAAUAAUGCAUUCAAUGGCUGACUGGUACAUACGCGGUGAUUGCGACCAGUCAAAGUUAUCAAGAAUAUUGGAUGUUGCACAGGACCUCAAGGCGCUAUCCAUGCUAUUGAAUGUACAGUCAUUUCCAUUUAUCAUAGAUUUAGCAUGCUUAGCAUCUCGGAGGGAGUAUCUGAAGCUUGAUAAAUGGCUCACGGAUAAAAUAAGAGAUCAUGGUGAACCGUUCGUCACUGCAAUGGUGAAGUUCCUGCAACGCAGAUGUCCACCAGUAAUGGGAAAGAUGCCUGAAGAGCAGAUACCUAAGGCUGCACAAUUGCCACCAGAAACGAUUGCUACCAUGGUUGCCUGCUUACAACUUUGUAUACCAAAUGUACAGCUAGAACUGCAAGAGGCUAUCUAUGCUCUAAUAACAAACUGUCAAACACUUUUAAUGAGCAAAGCGAGGCCGAACUUAGUAGCGCGUCCACUCACGAGAGUAAUUGAGACACCGUUUAAUCCUGCUUUAGCUGGACAACUUUACACACCGCUUGUGGAUCCAAUGACAAAUUUAGCGACUAAUAUGACAAAUCUGAAUCUUGGAGGUCCUUCGAAUGCGCCUUUCGCUAUGCCUGGAACUCUAGGACCUUUAGUAGCGGCCCCUGGUUCACCUUCCCGAUUAAUGGCACCAGGACCUAACAGUCCUUUUACUAUGAUGCCUAUGCAACAUAAUCCAAACAUAGCCGGUAUGGGUAUACCGAGAAUGCCAACUGGGCCAACAAUGGACAAACUUAGAAUGCCAGAUCCCAUGCAUUUCCCGGAUAUGAUGCCCAAUGUUUCGAAAGAAAUUGAAGACGAAGCAAAUGGAUACUUUCAGCGCAUUUACAACCAUCCCCCUCAUCCUACCCUGUCUAUAGAUGAGGUUCUCGAUAUGUUGAAAAAGUUCCAAGACUCACCCAACAAAAGGGAGCGAGAAGUUUUUUCAUGUAUGUUGCGUAAUCUGUUUGAGGAAUACAGAUUCUUUCCGCAAUAUCCAGAUAAAGAGUUGCAUAUAACAGCUCAGCUGUUCGGUGGAAUUAUUGAAAAGGGUCUUGUGCCUAGUUAUGUGUCUUUGGGACUUGCUCUGCGAUUUGUAUUAGAUGCAUUAAGGAAACCAGAGGGAACUAAAAUGUAUUAUUUUGGCAUAGCUGCUUUAGAUAGAUUUAAGUCGAGACUUAAAGAUUAUCAUAAAUAUUGUGAACAUGUAAGGGCAAUACCACAUUUUGGUGAAUUCCCUCCGCAUUUGAUUGAAUACAUUGAAUACGGCCUUCAGAGUCAAGAGCCGCCAACAAAACCCCAAGGUGCAGUGCUGCCAGCGACUUUAGCUGCUAUGUUAAACCAAGUCACAGUCGUUACUGUAACUGCACCCUACAGAACAAUUGUGGCGCCUAAUCCAAUAAGUGUUAUGUCUAAAGUUGCUCAUUGCAUUGCUGGUGGUAUAGGAAGCCGCCCUUCUAUUGCAAAUGCUACAAAUAUCGACACAUUGUUAACUGCCACAGACAAAACGGACAAGUUGAAUGCACCACCAGAAGCUAUUCAAGACAAAACAGCAUUCAUAUUCAACAAUCUGAGUCAGCUUAAUUUGCAACCUAAAUGUGAUGAACUCAAAGAGAUAAUUACUGAAGAGUUUUAUCCAUGGCUUGCUCAGUAUCUUGUCAUGAAGCGUGCUUCAAUCGAACUGAACUUCCACGCUCUUUAUUCAAAUUUUCUCGAUGUGUUAAAAAUACGGGAAAUGAAUAGACUUGUGACGAUUGAAACUUACCGGAAUAUUAGAGUCUUACUGCGGUCCGAUAAAGGAAUAGCUAACUUCUCCGAUCGAUCUCUACUGAAGAACCUCGGUCAUUGGUUAGGCAUGCUAACCUUAUCUCGCAACCAACCAAUCCUUCAAAUAGACCUCGAUCUCAAAGUACUUUUACUUGAAGCUUAUCACAAUGGCCAAGAAGACCUGUUAUAUGUGGUGCCAUUUGUUGCCAAGAUCUUAGAUUCUUGCGCUAAAAGCACUGUAUUUAAGCCACCAAAUCCCUGGACUAUGGCUUUGAUGAAUGUUUUGGCAGAGUUACACCAAGAACCAGAAUUAAAAUUAAAUUUAAAGUUUGAAAUAGAAGUACUUUGUAAAAACCUCGGUCUUGAUAUCCAGAACUUGAAACCAACUCUAUAUUUGAAGGAUCCAGAAAAAAUACGAACUAUUGAGUUUCAACUGUCGCCACCAAAAGAACAAGCACAAAUAGCUCAACCUCAACCUCAACCUCAACCACAACCUCAACCUCAACAAAGUAUGAUUCCUAUGAAUCAAAAUAUGGUUCAGGCCCCACAUUUACAGAUGAUGCCUCCACAAGUUCAGAUGCUACCGCUUGAUGAUUUAUCCGGAGCUGAUCUGACGGCACCAGGCGGCUUGAUGAAUGAUCCAGCCAUGAUGGGAAUUAUUGGAAUUCCAGAACCAAGAUUUAACUACCUUGAUGUGAAUGUAUCGACAACUUCAGCAUUUCAGCAGAAAAUUUGCUUAAAUCCACACAUUAUUUUGUUUCAAAGCUAUCCGCAUUUAAAACAGUUAGUAAAGCCAGCAAUCGAGCGAUCUAUCCAGGAAUGGAUUCAUCCAGUCGUCGAUAGAUCGAUAAAGUAUGCGCUGACGACGUGUGAGCAAAUAAUCAGGAAAGACUUUGCCUUUGACCCGGAUGAAGUACGAAUGCGGACAGCUGCUCAUCACAUGAUGCGCAAUCUGACUGCAGGGAUGGCUAUGAUCACAUGCAGGGAACAGAUUAUAAAUACCCUUACGGCAAACUUCAAAGCGGCAUUUAUACCCGCCCUCUUACCAGCCGUCCCUCAACAGAAUAUUUGCUUUUCAAAGGAAAUCAUUGACAAUGCAGCAGCAAUUGUCGCUGCCGAAAAUAUGGAAUUGGCUUGCGCUUUUAUACAAAAGACAGCAGUUGAAAAGGCUUUACCCGAACUUGACAAGAGGCUCAUGAAUGACUUUGAAGUGAGGAAGAUUGCCAGACAAGAAGGCAGGAGAUAUUACGAUGCGAUCAUACUCAGCUACCAAACAGAAAGGAUUCCAGAGAGAGUACAAUUACGCAUGGGUGGCCCGGCUGAGAGUCAGAUCGCUGUGUAUGAUGAAUUUGCUUGCAAUAUACCCGGGUUCAUGCCUUUACGAGACGUGGCAAUGUUUAUGCCUAAACAAACUCCUCAGGAUCAACUAGCCCAAAUAACAUACGGCCAAAUAAUGAGUCAGGGCCAAUUUGGUGUAUACGGCAACGACGAAAUGGGCGCUCUAAUAAACACUGCGGAGAUGUUCAUCAGCAGUGCCCUUGCUUCUCAGUCAUUAGCAGUACAAGCUACGCACAUGCACGCUCUCCUCGAGUGUCUUUUGAUGGCUAGGAGGAGCUGUGACCUCGUCUCCGGUUUUGCGCUCUUACAAAGGGCCGUUGACGGACUACUGGACAGCCACACUCCCCACCAAAGCUCAAGCCCUGAGCACAUUGAUAUGAUGAACAGAUAUCGCGAUACCCACCUUCGCGUUCUCAAGCUCCUGGAAGAGUCGAGGCUCUAUGGUCCCGCGUGGACUACCAAUCAGAUCACCUGCUACGUCUCGGAAUGCAGAGACGAGCUCAAGUACAACUUGGAAGCUGUUGAUUGUCUGAUACGCAAUCGUUUGAUUAACAUGCCACAAUACGAUCUUGCCUUGGCGCAUCUAAUGGACAAUGGAAACAACUACGUUGCUGUGGCGUUUGCGAUGCAACUCGUUCAAGUUUAUCUCGUUGACGACAGAAACAACGUUUACGCGAACGAAUCCGACCUGUACCAUACUACAGAGACUUUGGUUAGAAUGAUGUCUAACCCCCGCCACCCGCCACCUGAAGGCUUGGCGUCACUGAUCGAAGCUGUUCGCAUUAAUCAGGAUCCCAGUACAUAUCUUGGAGAGAAGUCACCAUUGGGACCCACUUCACAUAUACAUACAGGAAUUAUGCAAGUUACAAACCGCGAGUACGAUGACCCUCCAGGCCUGCAGGAGAAAACUGACACUUUACUCCUCGAAUGGCGUAACGUUCUAAUGAGUCCACUUACAGAAAUUGAAAUUGCCCAGAACUUCAAUAUUUAUGUACACCGAAUGAAUAUGAACGGAAUUCUCAAAUCGGACGACAUGAUCUCCCGUUUCUUCAGAAUUUCAACUCAACGUUGUAUAGAAAAUGUCUAUCAACUUUUGAACGAGGAUAAGCAGAACCCUCCCAACGUGCCAACGAAGAGGGAGAAAUACUACACGGCUUGCGAUUCCUUUAUCAAGCUUGUGUCAAUGCUCAUCAAGAACACAGCAGAAGCUGGCAAUCCGACCCCCAAGCUGAAUUUAUUAAACAAGAUUCUUGGUAUAAUAGUCGGGUGCUUGCUGCAAGAUCACGAGGAGCAGGGUCGCAACUUCCAGCAGUUGCCUUAUCACAGAUUGUUGCUUAUUCUGUUCCUUGACAUGAACACGGCGGAGCCUGUAUUGGAGAAUAUGAACUAUCAGGUUCUAACAGCGUUUUGCCACACGUUCCGUAUUAUAAAACCAAGUGUUGCGCCAGGGUUCUGUUAUGCCUGGCUGGAGCUAGUUGCCCACAGGGCAUUCUUGAACAGAGUAUUGGCUGUGACUCCACAACAAAAGGGAUGGGGGAUGUACUCCACACUGCUCAUUGAUCUGUUUAAAUUCCUGGAUCCGUUCUUGAGGAACACCGAACUAGCCCCACCUGUAAUGACGUUAUACAAAGGCACGCUCAAAGUGUUGCUCGUGUUAUUGCACGAUUUCCCCGAAUUCCUGUGUGACUAUCACUACGGCUUCUGCGAUGUUAUCCCGCCAAAUUGCAUACAGAUGAGGAACCUGAUACUGUCCGCUUUCCCUCGCAAUAUGCGUCUCCCAGAUCCAUUCACGCCAAAUUUGAAGGUGGAUCUGCUUCCCGAAAUCAGUUUGCCCCCUCGCGGUGUAAUAAACUACAAAAACAUCAUACCGCAAUCGCAGUUUAAGAAAGAUUUAGAUGCGUAUCUGCAGGCGAGGACACCAGUAACGUUCCUGUCCGAAUUAAGAACUAAUAUGCAGGUGGGUAGUGAGCCGGGGCGUAAGUACAACACUCAACUGAUGAAUGCCGUAGUGCUGUAUGUGGGCACACAAGCCAUCGCCCACAUCAGGGCAAAGGGACUAUCCCCAAACAUGGCAACUAUCGCACAUUCCGCUCAUAUGGACAUCUUCCAGAACUUCUGUGUAGACUUUGAUUUCGAGGGACGAUACAUAUUCCUGAACGCAAUAGCGAAUCAGCUGAGAUACCCGAACAGUCACACACACUACUUCAGUUGCUGCCUUCUAUACCUGUUCGCCGAAGCCAAUAGCGAGGCAAUACAAGAACAAAUCACCAGGAUGCUUCUAGAAAGGCUCAUCGUGAAUCGACCACACCCAUGGGGCCUGCUCGUCACUUUCAUCGAACUCAUCAAGAAUCCUAUGUACAAGUUCUGGUCGCAUGAGUUUGUACAUUGCGCGCCGGAGAUUGAAAAUCUCUCAAGAGGCGCAGGCGGAAUGUGCCCCGCAACCCUCGACGUCCCAGCCCACACCGAAAGUGAUGCGGUGGAGCAAACUGUUCAAGAAGUAGACGCUGAAGCAGCGUCAAGUGGCGAAAACAAAAGCUUAGUUUCUGAAAAACAAACAUGAGUUACUGUAACUCAUGUGUUUAUUGCGAUCUAAGCUUUAGAUGUAAUGAUAAGUGAUGUUUGUUUCGCCGGACACAGCGCCAAUUUAGUUUGAUAAGAACUCAUUUAAACUAUAAUUUUUUUUUAAGUAUCAUAUAUUAGACAUAAGUUUCUGCACAUGUUUCUUCUUCAGAACUCAGCUUUUGAUUGAAAUGAAAUGUGAUGUAUGUUUCGAGGGAGACAGGGAUAAAAUGCCAUUUCGGUUUUAUUAGUAUUUAAACUGUUAUUUCUAAGUAUGAUAUCUUGAUUAGGAAGGUCGUUUCAUGUUUUAGAUUCCCGUUUCGAGACGGAGAGAAUAGAUCACGACCCUAGUGUAUUUCAAGCGUUUCGCUCGUAAGCAAAUGCUUUUGUGUAAUCAUAUAAUUGUAAGUUUUCGAAUCCUAAAAACAAUAAAAUAUUAAGAAAACACUUUUAAGUAUAAUAAGGGUUUUAAAAAUUCAUAAUGUUCUAGAAUAUUACUAAUUGUGUAAUUUUUAUUAUUGAACAUCGGGCUUAUAACAUACGCGUUUCAACUGUUCAAAUCACACAAAAUGCUUUCUAAAUAUGCUGCUGAAGGAUUACUAGCUUCAUGUGUAAUAUAAUAUUUAUAUUGCCUAAAAUUCUUAGGCUGAGAUCUUAUAGAGCGUACUUACACUUUACUCAAGUAAAACUCAACUGAGUUCAAGUUAAGCGCAAUCUUUUAUUUGGUAUUUAUAGUGGACUUAUACUAAGACAGCCCAAGAAAGGUUAAGCGCGCGUUUCAUUAUACGCGUACUGUGUAUAAUUAAACGAGCGAUUGUCGAUUAUUAAUAAACUAAACUUACAAUAGAAAGUCAUUUGAUUAUUAGUUUUAUUGAACAAGUAGAAAUCUAUGCAUAAUUAUUGCCCUAUGCGGUCUUGUUAACUUAUAUGAUAUGAGAAACAGAAAGCAUUUUAGAUGCGUGACCGCUACGGAUGACAAGAAAAUGAUACAAACACACCUACAUGACAAUGAGAGGUACAAACACCUAACUACACCGAUGUGUGUAUUAUACGGGAAUUUUAAAACGACGAGGAACAGCUGUUUUGAGGAUGGAAGGAAUUAUGGUCGUCCUAUUUGUUCUGCUUAUACUCUGGGUUAAGUUUCCUAAGUCUUCAUUAUGGUGGACUUAAGUUCCAGCUAAGCUCAAGGUUAGCGCGCAUUCAAAGCGAUGUUUCUAAAUACGGACUCAACUCGCUAGAUUAGUCUGAGCAAAGUCUAUGUUCGCUCUUAGAUCUCAGCCAUAAGUCCGCCAUUAGAGUACCUGCAUGCUCACUGAUAUCCUAAUAGCGUUUAUUUGCGGAAAAUCGUCUGAAUGAUAACAAAGUAGGAACAUAUAAUAAUUAUGAAUAACAUCAAGUAGGUACAGUUAAGAAAUAAUUUUGAGAAAAACACGUCGUAGGUCAGGAACCUGUCACGACUUACGAUAGAAUAUUAUACAGUUUACAUUCUAGAUCGUAUAAAUAGUAAUCUUUUCGAUUACUUUUUUUUUAACUUUCGAUUAGUUUACUUAAAAAAAUCCUUAACAGUAUAAGUUCUUUAGAAAGAAAUCGAAAUUCAGUAAAAUCAAAUUGGUCAUUGAGAUUCUACAGAACGCAUGUGUUUGUCGCAAUACUGGGCCUAAUGUAUCCUAAUAAUUUGAAUAAAAUUCAUAUUUUCUAACUGUUGUAAUAAACGCCCUCAAUCGUUCGGUAGCUGUAACGCUGCGGCUUAACUCUAUGCCGGUUGAUAGCUGAAAUACGUUUCGGGAUCAAAUAAAUGAAAUAUUUCCCAAUGACCGUUCUAUGUACUUAAAUUUCUUAAAUAAUCUCAGUCAAAAUGAUAUUUUGAUUAGGCCGCAGGUGAUGAUAGUUGUUCUCCGUAGUAAAGCCCACGUGAAAAUGAUCGUGUAGUUGUUCAAUAAUAUAAAUUAUACACACGUAUAACGUAUAUAAAGUAACUUAGUACGUCAUAAGAUUCUAUUGCUUAAAUAACUCUCGCGUUUUGUUGAUUUACACAAAAUCGAUUCAAAUCUCACAUAUACUGAUUAUUUCAGCUAACAGUGAUUUGGGUUUACGUACAAAUAAAAAAGGGUUAAUUUUUUUUUGUUUAAUUAAUUAUGGUUGAAUAAUAUUCUAGAUGCCUUUAGUAUGUAAUUGCUUAACUACGUAAAAUAGGAUUUUUGAUCUUUAUAGCUUGUAGUUCGUGAUUGUUUCAAUCCAUAUUAAAUAGGGUCUAUAAUCUUUAUAUUUCAAUAUUGUUAGUUUAAAUAGUAUGUAGAAUGUUUAAACUUAUCUUCAUGUUUAAAAUAAUGAAGUCCGUUACGUACUAUAUUAUAACUAAUGGAUUGUAUGCCAGAUAAUAUAUCUGAAGAUCCCUGUUCGAAUGUUGAGCGGUGUCAUUUAUAAUGAGCGCAGAAGUCGCAAAAUAGGGCCUCAGUGGAAAGGACCCGAGUUUUUUUCAUCGCACGUAUGUUGACGUAACGAUAAUAUAAAUGUACGCGACUAUUAUUACUAUUCUUGCGCAUAAUCUCGCUCACCGCUCAAGAUCCGCAGCGAUACGUACGCUAUAGCAGUAGAUUUAGUUAACAUUUAUCGUGACUCGUAUAUUCUAUCAUUCAAUGGUAUCUAGAAGUCGUAGUUAUAGUCAGUUUUUUGAAUGUAUUUAAAAUAAAAGUGUUUUCAUCUA